AUACCCGAUAGUCCCGUUUCCUCGCAUAGCAUUCAAUUACUAUCAGAAAUAUCCAGGAUAAUACCCUUCUUUAGGUCGCCAAUAUGUCCGGAUCAAGCGCGUCACUUCGAAGCAGUCAGUCGGAUUAUUCUCACGACUCUUCUGAUUCGCUCCCGCCGAAUCCCCCAAUGCUCCGCCAGAAGCCUUCGAACUUGCCCCGCCGGACCCCUCGACUAUCCCAGCAACCACCGACGAAACCCGGUCUAUCACAGACCCGACGACUCUCGAACCGCCUGGAUUCCGUCAGACGUCGUGUUUCGAGUGUACAAGAACACCACCAGGCACACUCGGAGAAUACCGGUCAAAGCAGCCCACCCCAACAUUCACGACCCAACGAGCAGGACAGGCAUCACGACGAGGGGUUGCAGGCCGGGACAGAAGGACCCAGUUUCGAUGGCCUGAUAAGAUGCCUCCCGGACAAAUGGAAUGAGGUUCAGGCCUCGAGGCGCGAGGAUGGGCAGAAGAUCGCUUCCUUACAACAGGUGCUGCAAGAGGAGCGGGAAAGAAACCGGGAGCUCCAAGCGCGGUUGGCCGAAUGCGAGGAUUCCACAGCGCGGGAACGGCAAGCACGUCGAGAAGAGACUAAAGCCCUUCAAGAUCAGAUCGUCCAGCUUGAAAACAAGUUGGGGAACGCGGUGAGGACCUUGACGGAGGCCGAGAUCAAAGGGGCGAGGCUCCAAAAGAAAGCAGAUCUGCUGCAAGUCCAGGUGACUAAGCAGAACGACCUGCUUUCCACAUAUGACGCCCUGAGGUCUAAACAUAACGUCCUGAGUUCCAAAUAUGACGAAUUGCUUUCUAAACAUAACGAUCUGCAAAAGGACUUCGCCGAGAUUAAGGAAUGGGAAACCUCGGCGACGAAUGCAGCCAAUGAGGAGAGAGAAACAAGCGCAGAACUUCAGACACUGAACAAUAGCUUGGAAGAAGGCUUGCGAGUUGCAAGAGCAAGAAUCGAAACAUUGACCGAAGAGAAGGCGGAACUUGCGCAAAACAAGGAAAUGACCACUUUGCUUGCGAACAAUUUCCACGUACUGAAAGCACAGAUCGCCAGCUUACAGCAGAUAACCGAGACCAUCGGCAAUCCGCGAGUUUCUGUCGUUGAAAACAAGAUUGAACGUGAAGUCCAGGCUAAUGAAGCGUUUCGCGCGUUUGCGACCUCGCGUCUUCAAUCCAUGAAUGAGAGGACUGAGACAUUGGCGGCUUAUCCUGAAGAAAAAAUCCUGCCGAUCUUGAAGGGAAUCCAGAACGGCACGAGCUCAAAUCGUGAGAGGUUGCAAGAGCUUGCUUCUGCGCUGGACCGAAGAAUCCAAGAUGACUUGGCCAACAGCCUUUGCCAGCGCUUCGACUCGAUCUUCGAAUGCCGUUUUGGAUCACUGGAAUCUAAGAUGAAUGAUAGGAAUGACAGCGAUCAGGUACUAAUUGCAGUGAAUAAACUUGUAGACGCGCUCGAUAGAUUGCGUUCUUUGUCGACGGUGGAGAGGGUCGAGGCUUUGGAGAGACAAGUGUCAAGUCUUGAGGACAAAUCGUCUCAGCGAGAGAUGGAGGCCACCCAUUCCCCAUCCGACACUGCAGCCUGCCUGUGGGUCAGUAUCCCUGGGAGCGACAAGUCGACCAUCCUGAAAAUUCUUGCCCAGUGUCAGCAAGCCGCGGCAGGUGACAUCGAUUCCCCUGUGGUCGCGGAGACAGGAGAGCUCCCCAGCCCCGAGAUCCGAUCAAGUGCGCCGCAACGCGAAGUGUCCGGCAAAGCAGCCCAGCUAUCCUGGCGACGACGUGGCAAAGUGUAAGUUCAAUGGGCACCACUUCAUGUUUUCGGGAAAGAUACUGAGUUAAAAUAUCCCUAGCUUUGUCAGGGGAAAUGGUCAAUGGAAUGAGUUGAGCCUGGAGUCUCUCGGCAAGGUUACCGAGCUGAUUUGCAAAGCUCUAGCUUUGUGAUUCUAGAAUGGCCUGCGCAUACAGAGAUAAUGGAUACUUUACUGACUGUAUUAGUUUGAAUUGUGCUUUCUACAAUCAAGACUCAGAUGCUGGUUCGUCUAUCGAUGUAGCCA